AUGGAAUUGAUAACGUGCAGCGGAAAAAACAAGAUGCCAAUGCCUCCGUCGGAAUACAUCUGCUUUGAUUGUAGAAAGAAACACCAAGAUGAGUUGCCUAUGUUGAAAGCAAAAACAACGCUCGUGAUGAUGCCUCUCCAUAUUUCAAUGCAGUGGAUCAACGAGCUGCACAAGCAUCUCGUAGAGCAUCCAGACGAUGAAGACAUCGUCAAUGACUAUUACUGUGAAGGCCGAGUUCAUAACAUUCGCUAUCUUUUAUAUCCUGGAAUCUCUGUGAUCUUACAGAAUAAGAAAAAACGAUUGUACGAUAACUUGCAUUUGCUUCUACAUCCAGAGUAUCUUGCUCAAUUCGAUAUUGUUUUCCUUCCGUAUGAAAACUUCAAAACCGAUUACGAUUACUAUAUUGCCAGACAGCCAACCUUGCGAAGAGAAUUGAAAGUCAUUCACUACAACUCCCCAUUGUUCUUUUUGGAUGAAGUUCAUCUCGUGGAGAAUUCGAUUAGUUUGCUUUAUCGCUGUGCUUCUCUUCAUUACGACAAUAUCUGGUGCAUUUCUGGAACUCCGUUUAACAAAAACCUCUCAGAAAUGCAGGAAGCCAUGUUUUUGAUGAAGAUUCCGCAGUAUAGCAACGUUUCUGUUUGGAAAGAGUGCAUUCAAAAGCCGUUUUCUCUCAGAAUCGAUGGAGUGGCGGAUUUGUUGUCCAACUUGAUCUCUGAAUACUAUUGGCGAACCACUUUUAGAGAUUUGGAACGGCUUUCGCCCGGUUUGAUUCCUUCGCAGUCUCGAAGUAUCAAGUUUGUGUUUUCAACGGGCGUUGAAAAAAUGCACUACACGAACGUGAAGAAUCGAAUGAUGAAGCAAAUCAAGGAAUACGUGAGCAAGAUUCGAAAGCACUAUGGAGACGAUUUCUUAGAGUGCAAAUUGAAUCCGAAGGAUUUGUAUCACGUUUUGAACGAUCUGAAGCCUCUCCGUCAGGCAUGCAAUCACUAUCAAAUCGGCUCGAAAACUCUCUCUGGAAUGAAUUGCGAGAUCCUUUCUCUCGAGCAAGUGAAGGAAAAGCUCGUGGAAAACCAAAUACUGGACUGUCAGAAUAGUCUGCGAAACUAUGUAGCGUGCCACAACGCCAUGGCGGGUCUGGGCAUUCUGCAAGGAGACAUCGAGGGUGCAGCUGCGUGCUACAAAGAGACUCUCGCGCAGUGCAAGAAGUACAACGAACUGAAUCAGAUCCACACGGAUUUGGUGCAGUUGAUUCAUUGCAACUUCAAUCUCUUGUGUUGUGAGGAAAUGAGGCCAGGGUUGUUGGAGCCUUCUUUUCUGCAGGAGGUUCGGGAGUCUCUCAGGCAGGAGGAAGAGGAAUUCCUCGAGAAACCAAAGAAGAACUUGGAGAAGGCGAUUGCAAACUGCUUUUCAAACGAUCUUCCGCAGAAUCUCAUUGAGGAUUCAUUUCGAUUCAUGCAGUCGGUUACGACGGAGUUGAAUGAUGGAAUCGCUGUGGAUGUGGGAAGUCGACUCCAUUCAUAUGGAGAUGAGAACGUUCUUUCUGUUUUUCAAUUUGUCGACCGUUUGCAAGACUCGAAUCCAAAGAACAAAUCCAUCAUCGCUUUCAAGAAGUCUUUGCGAGUUGGGCCUUUUCAUUCGCUUCAUAAUAGUCGAACCUUCAUCUCAGCGUUCACAGCAAGAGACUCAAGCUGCAAAGCCUUUCAGGCUGUCUUCAGUUUUUGUUUCGAUGGAAAAACGUUCUCACUUCGGUUCGUUCUUCGAUUCUGCAAGAGCUUGUUACGUUUAACGAGACUCCUUCUCUUUCUCUUGUUCAUUUUGUUGUCUCUUUUCAUGUUUAGAUUUCGCAGUGCUCGAGCUGUCCUCGCUGCAUUUCGCUCCAAAGCUCAGAAAAGGGAGCCCAGUUCAGCGAUAUCCGAUCGAACGCUCCGCUAUGUGCUCAUUGUGAGUUCGAAAAGCGGAUUCAACUCUACGAUUCGUUAA